AUGGCUCCCCGUAUAGCCUCCCAUUUCCUGGGAGGCAAUUCCCUAGAUAUAGCGCCUUCCAGUAAGGUGAAAGAUUAUAUUACCUCACGUGGUGGACAUACCGUAAUCACGUCUAUUUUAAUUGCUAAUAAUGGUAUCGCCGCUGUGAAAGAAAUCCGAAGCAUUCGAAAAUGGGCUUAUGAAACGUUUAAUAAUGAAAGAGCUAUUAGAUUCACCGUCAUGGCUACCCCCGAUGACUUGAAGGUAAACGCCGAUUAUAUCCGCAUGGCCGACCAAUAUGUGGAAGUCCCCGGCGGUUCAAAUAAUAAUAACUACGCAAACGUGGAACUCAUCGUUGAUGUUGCUGAGCGCAUGAAGGUUCACGCCGUCUGGGCCGGUUGGGGUCAUGCCUCCGAAAACCCCAAACUUCCUGAAAUGUUGGCCGCUAGUAAACAAAAAAUUGUUUUCAUCGGUCCUCCAGGUAGCGCAAUGCGUAGUUUAGGUGAUAAAAUCAGCUCAACUAUCGUUGCUCAAAGCGCAAAGGUCCCUUGUAUGCCCUGGUCGGGUCUUGAGCUCGAAAAAGUCCGCAUAGAUCCUGAAACCAACAUUGUAACUGUCGACGACAACGUUUAUCAAAAGGCCUGCAUCAAUUCCGCCGAAGAUGGUGUCGUUGUCGCCGAGAAAAUUGGAUACCCCAUUAUGAUCAAGGCAUCCGAAGGUGGUGGUGGUAAGGGUAUUCGUCAAGUCUCUUCCUCUCAGCACUUCACCCACGCUUAUCAACAGGUUUUGGCCGAACUUCCUGGCUCUCCUGUAUUUGUGAUGAAGCUUGCUGGUCAAGCCCGUCACUUGGAAGUUCAGAUCUUAGCUGAUCAAUAUGGCAAUAAUAUCUCCCUCUUUGGCCGUGAUUGUUCUGUUCAACGUCGUCAUCAAAAGAUUAUUGAAGAAGCCCCUGUCACCGUCGCUCCUCCUAAUACUUUCCGCGAAAUGGAGCGCGCUGCCGUUCGUUUGGGUGAACUCGUUGGUUAUGCAUCUGCCGGUACUAUCGAAUAUCUCUAUGAACCCGAAAAUGACAAGUUUUAUUUCUUGGAAUUGAACCCUCGUUUGCAAGUAGAACACCCUACUACUGAAAUGGUUUCUGGCGUCAACUUGCCGGCUGCUCAACUUCAAGUUGCAAUGGGUCUUCCCUUAAAUCGCAUUCCCCACAUUCGUGAGCUUUACGGCUUAUCACGUGAUACAGAAACUGAAAUUGACUUUGCAUUUGACAACCCAGAGUCCCAUAAGGUUCAAAAAGUCCCCACACCUAAGGGUCACUGUAUUGCUUGCCGUAUCACCUCAGAGGACCCCGGUGAAGGUUUCAAGCCUUCCAGCGGUAUGAUUAAAGACUUAAAUUUCCGCUCUUCGAGCGAUGUAUGGGGUUACUUUUCUGUUGGUACCGCUGGUGGUAUUCAUGAAUUUGCCGAUUCCCAAUUCGGUCAUAUUUUUGCAUUCGCAGAUAGCCGUGAAGCUACCCGUAAAUCAAUGAUUGUAGCUUUGAAGGAGCUGUCUAUUCGCGGUGACUUUAGAACAACCGUUGAAUAUUUAGUUCGUCUACUUGAGACUGGUGAGUUUGCCCAUAAUGAAUUUACCACUGCUUGGUUGGACAAACUUAUAGCUCAAAAGGUAACUUCUGCUCGUCCCGAUAAGAUGCUUACAAUUGUUUGCGGGGCCCUCGUUCGUGCUCAUGCAAUCGCUGAAGAACAGUAUUGUGCCUUCAAAUCUUAUUUGGAACGAGGCCAAGUUCCUUCUCGUGAUUUCCUCAAAAAUGUUUAUGAUAUAGAGUUUAUAUACGAUGGUAAUCGUUAUAGGCUUACUGCUUCUCGUUCUUCUCCAGGUUCCUAUCAUUUGUUUCUAAAUGGCUCUCGUUGUACAGCAGGUGUCCGCUCUUUGACUGAUGGUGGCUUACUUGUUUUAUUGAACGGCCAGUCUUAUACUGUUUACUAUCGGGAUGAAGUUACCGGUACUCGAAUUUCCAUUGACAACAUGUCAUGCAUGUUGGAACGGGAAAAUGACCCAACACAGCUACGUACUCCUUCCCCCGGUAAAUUGGUUCGCUUUUUGGUGGAAACAGGCGAGCACAUUAAGGCAGGUGAAGCUUAUGCAGAGGUUGAGGUUAUGAAGAUGAUUAUGCCGUUAGUAACUGCCGAGGAUGGUACAGUGCAAUUGAUUAAGCAGCCUGGUGCAUCUAUUGGUGCAGGCGAUAUACUUGGUAUUCUUACUCUGGAUGACCCUAGCCGUGUCAAGCAUGCACUCCCGUUUAACGGUCAACUUCCUAAUUUUGGCGACCCUCAAAUAGCUGGUAACAAACCAUGCCAACGUUAUCAUCAAUUGCUAAACAUCUUACUUGAUAUUUUGAAGGGAUAUGAUAAUCAAAUCAUUCUCAACAGCACUUAUAACGAAAUCAUGGAAGUUCUCCGUGAUCCAGAACUUCCAUUCAGUGAGUGGAGUUCUCAUUAUUCUGCAUUGGUUAGUCGUAUGCCUCCUGCUUUAGAUAAAUUGCUUUCUUCCAUUCUUGAAAAAGCAAGAGCUCGCAAAACUGAAUUUCCUGCAAAACAGUUGGAAUUGGGUGUUAAAACUUAUUGCGAGGGCCAGAAACUCUCUCUAACCCAACAAUUAAAACAACAGAUCGCUCCUUUGAUUGAUGUUAUUAAUGAUUAUAAAGACGGUCUAAAGGUGCAUGAGUAUCGUGUUGUUAAAAGUAUUCUGGAGGAGUAUUACAAUGUUGAGCGCUUGUUUUCAGGCCCCAACAAAAGAGAAGAAGAUGUAACACUUCGUCUUCGAGACGAUAACAAGGAUAGUGUUGAUAAAGUUAUUGCCCUUGCUUUGUCUCACUCUCGUAUUGGUUCCAAGAACAACCUUCUUAUAACAAUACUUGAUCUUAUAAAAUCGGAACCUUCUAGCUUCGUCUCAUUGUAUUUUAAUGAUAUUUUAAGGAAAUUGACAGAUCUCGAUUCUAGAGCUACCGCCAAGGUAUCUCUUAAAGCACGUGAGCUAUUAAUCACAUGCGCUAUGCCCUCUCUCAAUGAGCGUUUCUCCCAAAUGGAGCAUAUUUUGAAAACUUCAGUUGUUGAGAGUCAUUAUGGUGAUUCCGAGUUUGCACAUCGCCCUCCUAAUCUAGAUAUUUUGAAAGAGCUCAUUGAUUCGAAGUACACGGUUUUCGAUGUUUUACCUGCUUUCUUCUGUCACCCCGACCCAUGGGUCUCUUUGGCUGCACUUGAGGUGUAUGUACGUAGAGCUUAUCGAGCUUAUGCUGUUUUAGAGUUGAACUAUCACGUCGGAACUGGUACUCCUUUUGUGAUUUCUUGGAGAUUCCAGCUUCGUGCCAGUAGUACACCAGGGCAAGGUGCUAGUGGUGCAAAUGGUCUUUUUCCUAGCAGUAGCUCUCCAUCGUUGGAAAAUGAAAACAAACGUCUUCAAUCUUAUAGCGAUCUUUCUUGGUAUGUUAACAAGAAUGAUUCUGAACCUUUCCGUUUCGGGGCCGUAGUUGCCGCGGACAACUUUGACCAACUGGAAACCAACCUUGCUUUGUCUAUUGAACGUUUACCUCUUGCUCGCAACACCUUUAAUACUGGAUUAACGUUAAAUAAUGAAGAGCCCUCUAGCACUCCUCUUCAAGAGCUCACAAACGUUUUAAACAUUGCUUUGACAUCUACUAAUGACCUUGAAGAUGCUGCUAUUGUGGAUAAACUUAGCUCAAUUUUAGACGAAUUCAGAGAUGACUUAUUAGAUCACAACGUUCGAAGAAUUACAGUAAUUGGUGGAAGACAUAAUAAGUCAGCCCAUCCUUCUUACUUUACUUAUCGUGCCUCCUCGGAUAGUUUUGAGCAUAACACCGUUCGCUACGUCGAAGAUGAGCGUAUCCGUCACAUCGAACCUGCUUUGGCCUUCCAGCUGGAAUUAGGUAGACUCUCUAACUUUAAUAUCGAGCCUGUUUUUAUCGACAACCAUAACAUUCAUGUUUACCGUGCAACUGCCAAAAAUAUGAGUUCGGAUAAACGUUUCUUUACUAGAGCUCUUGUCCGUCCUGGAAGACUUCGUGAUGAAAUACCAACUGCUGAAUAUCUUAUAUCUGAAACUCAUCGUUUGAUAAAUGAUAUUCUUGAUGCCCUUGAGGUUAUUGGUCCUGACCAAACUGAUCUUAAUCAUAUUUUCAUUAAUUUCCUUCCUGCAUUCGGACUUGCCCCCAAACAAGUUGAAGCUGCUUUAGGUGGAUUUUUGGAACGCUUUGGACGUCGUUUAUGGCGUUUACGUGUAACCGCUGCUGAAAUUCGUAUUAUUUGCACUGAUCCCACAACCAAUACUCUUUUUCCAUUGCGUGUAAUAAUAUCCAACGUGUCUGGAUUUGUUGUAAAUAUUGAGCUUUACGCAGAAGUGAAGACCGAAAAUAAUUCCUGGAUCUUCAAGAGCAUUGGCCAGCCUGGGUCUAUGCAUCUCAGACGUAUUAACACGCCUUAUCCCAACAAAGAGUGGCUUCAGCCUCGUCGCUAUAAGGCACAAUUGAUGGGUACGACAUUCGUAUACGAUUUCCCAGAGUUGUUCCGUCGUUCUUUUAGUGACAGUUGGAGAAAAGUUGAUAAAGGUCAUUCUGAGAACCCUGUUCCCCAAGACAUGUUUGAUUGCAAGGAGUUGGUUGAAGAUGAAAAUGGAGAUUUGCAAGAAGUUAGCCGUGAACCGGGUACUAACUCUUGUGGUAUGGUUGCUUGGUCGGUGACUGUCAAAACUCCUGAGUAUCCUAAAGGUAGAAAACUGAUCAUCGUCGCUAAUGAUAUUACUUAUCAAAUUGGCUCAUUUGGACCUCGUGAAGAUAACUUCUUUUUCAAGGUGACAGAACUUUCUCGUCAGCGUGGCGUUCCCAGACUAUACUUGGCUGCCAAUUCUGGAGCCCGUAUUGGUGUUGCCGAUGAGUUGAUUCCCUUAUUUAAUAUUGCUUGGAACGACGUCAACUCACCCGAAAAAGGAUUCGAGUAUUUGUAUUUGACACCUGAAGUUCAAGAACGCUUAGACAAACAGAACAUCAAAACGGUUCAUACUGAAAAAAUUCAAACUGAGUCCGGCGAAGUUCGUUACAAGAUCACAGCUAUUAUUGGUUCUGGUGAGGGACUAGGUGUUGAAUGUUUGAGAGGUUCUGGCUUGAUUGCUGGUGUUACAUCUCGGGCUUAUAAUGAGAUUUUCACCUGCACGCUUGUUACUUGCCGUGCGGUUGGCAUUGGUGCAUAUCUCGUUCGCCUCGGACAGAGAGCGGUUCAAGUUGAAGGCCAGCCAAUUAUCCUUACAGGUGCUCCUGCCCUUAAUAAGGUAUUGGGACAUGAAGUCUAUAAUUCUAACUUACAAUUGGGUGGUACUCAAAUCAUGCAUAGAAACGGUAUCUCUCACUUAACCGCCCAAGAUGAUUUUGACGGAAUUUCCAAAAUUGUUAACUGGCUUGCAUAUAUUCCUGAUAAGCGUAAUAACCCUGUUCCUGUAUCGCCAUCGAGCGAUCCUUGGGAUCGUGAUGUUGAGUAUUAUCCCAAUCAGAACGGUUACGAUCCUCGCUGGUUGAUUGAUGGUAAAGAGGAUGAGGAUUUGUUUUUGUACGGUUUGUUUGACAAGGGUUCAUUCCAAGAAACUUUGGAUGGAUGGGCUAAGACAGUUGUCGUUGGUCGUGCACGCUUAGGUGGUAUACCGAUUGGUGUUAUCGCUGUCGAAACCCGUACUAUUGAAAACACUUUACCUGCUGAUCCAGCCAACCCAAGCUCUACAGAACAAAAUUUGAUGGAAGCUGGACAAGUUUGGUAUCCUAAUUCUGCUUUUAAGACCGCGCAAGCAAUCAAUGAUUUUAACCAUGGUGAACAAUUACCGUUAUUUAUUCUCGCUAAUUGGCGUGGUUUUUCCGGUGGUCAACGAGACAUGUUCAAUGAAGUACUUAAAUAUGGUUCUUACAUUGUUGACGCCCUUUCUCAAUACAAACAGCCUGUAUUCGUAUACAUUCCACCUUACAGUGAGUUACGUGGUGGCUCUUGGGUAGUUGUAGAUCCUACCAUUAAUGAAAAGCAAAUGGAAAUGUAUGCUGAUGAGGAAAGCAGAGCUGGUGUUUUGGAACCUGAAGGAAUGGUCAGUAUCAAGUUCAGACGUGAGAAGUUACUUUCAUUGAUGCGCAGAUGCGAUGAUCAAUAUGCUGCUUUACAGGACAAGCUUAACCAAAAGGAUUUGAACGCAGAUGAACUUUCUACAGUCAAGGUGCAAUUAAUGGAACGUGAGCAAAAACUAAUGCCUAUAUAUCAACAAAUCAGUAUCCACUUUGCUGAUUUGCAUGAUCGCGUCGAUCGUAUGGUUGCUAAGAAGGUUAUCCGUCAACCCUUGAAAUGGACCAAUGCUAGACGCUUCUUCUACUGGCGCCUGAGAAGACGUUUGGAUGAACAUUACUCUCAACAGAGACUAAUGCAACUUAUUCCUGGCUUAAGCCAUGAAGAAUCACAACAUUGUCUUAAACAGUGGUAUACAGAAUGGCGGGGUAAGCAAGAUUGGGAUACCGCUGAUCGAUCCGUUAUUGCAUGGAUUGAAGAAAACAGUGAAACUCUAACCAAACACACCCAAGAGUUAAAGAGUCAGUAUUAUAGCAAUCGUAUCGCUGAACUAAUUCGUGCUGAUAAGCAAAGCAUGAUUGAUAGUCUUGCUUUAGUCUUGACCGAAUUGGAUGAAGCAGAGAAAAAGGAACUAGCUGCAAAACUUGCUGCUAAGAAUUAA